AUGAGCUAUAAUCAUCAGGCUGAUGGUGCCAGAGCCUCGAGUAAGCCGGCGAAGAAGGAUAGGCAGAGAUCCCUAAGUUCUCUGUCGGGCUACCAUGAUGAUCCAUCUCAAGAGCGCUCAUCGAGUUCGGCUCAAAUGCGGCGGAGCUCUUCUUUUUCGGUUUUAGCUGAGUUGCCAGAGGGAAAGGGUAGGGAUGGGUCGAGCGACAAAGUUGAAAGUAAAGGAUGGAGUGUUCCUUGGCAGUGGUCAAGAAUGCGGAAGGCUCAGAGAAGGAAGGCGAUUGUUGCAGCGGGUAGAAGGUCAGUGGAUGGAUAUGGCAAGAGCAGUAGAAGAUCUCUGAAACUCAAUCCCCUCGAGGAUCACGGGAUCUCGUCAGAGGAUUAUUCAAGGGACGAAAUGAUUCACGAUAAAUUCUCCAUCUCGGGAAUGAAUUUCAAUAAUCCGACAGUUGGAGAUCAUGAUUAUCAAAAAGCUGGAGCUGAAACCAGUCAGAGCCAAAGAGAGAGCUAUUCGAGCACAAGCCUUUGUCUCAAGUACCAACCAAAGCGUUUUGAGGACAUAGCAGGGCACGAGAUCAUCAUCAAGGCAAUGUCUACUUCUAUUCAGAAGCAUAAGGUUGCGUCCCUUUACCUGUUCCACGGCCCAAGUGGCACUGGGAAGACGUCAACCGCCAAGAUACUAGCAAUGGCACUGAACUGCGAAUCCGGCGCACAUCCUCAGCCAUGCUGGAACUGCAGAGGUUGCUCAAGAAGCCUUUACAUGAUGGAGUUGUGUUCCGGAAGCAGAGUUGCCGGAUUCGAAAGAAUAAGGACACUCAUCCAGAGCACAUCAUUUGCACAUGCAAUACCAGGCUUUAAGGUCUUCAUCGUCAAAGAAUGUCAUUUACUGACUGCCGAAGCGUGGGAUGAACUUUUGGGCAUAGUAGAAGGAAUAUAUGGUACUAAGAUGGUUUUUGUCCUGAUUGCUGUAGACAUCGAUACCUUGCCCGUAACGGUAUCGUCAAAGUGUCAGAAGUACUUCUUUCCCAAACUCAAGGAUAUGGACAUCAAACUCAAGCUUGCACUAAUUGCUGCACGGGAAGGUAUAGUACUCGAAAGGGAAGCAUUGCAGCUGAUCAUUGCCAAGGCAGAAGGAUCCCUGAGAGAAGCAGAAAACAUAUUAGAUCAGUUAUCCUUAGUGGGGUCAAGAAUCACUACUUCCAUGGUUCAAGAAAUGGUACGCCUAAUCCCUCGCAACAAGCUCAAUGACUUGCUCAGGGCAGCAGUAUCAGGGGACACAAUGGAGACCAUCAACCUCACAACAGAGCUUAUUCGAACAGGUGUGGAACCACAAGCCCUGGUGUCCCAAUUAGCAUCUCUCGUCAAAGACCUGCUUUCAAAUGCCACCGCCACCAAUUCCCGAUCAUCGUCAUUGACCAUCACAUACAAUGACAAGAGAGUGCAGAAAGUUGGCUCAAACCUCAUUAAUAAUCAGUCAGAGAGGUUGUGCUACGCCUUGAAAGUGCUCGUUGGAGUAGAGAAGCAAUCAAGAUCCUUCAUUGACCAGAGUACCCAAAUAUUUGCUGCUCUUCUACAAAUUGCAUCACAAGACAACCACAACAAAAUCUCUCCUAGAAACAUCAUGCCCGAGGACAUUGUAUUACCCUCAGUAGGCAAUGGCAAGCUCAAUACAGGGUCAAUCGAUGCACAGCAUCAUAAGCAAACCCAAAAUAGAAUCCCAAUGCAUUGUACUUGUAUCAGUGAAACUUCCGAGCCAAAUGAUGUAGACAGAAGUAACAAAAGCACAACCAUGGAACAAACGGAAGAGAAUCAAAAUUGCAGAGGAAAAGAAUCUGAAAAGGAGCCUAAGUUGGCCCGACUCAAUGACCUUGAAGAAAUAUGGAAGGAUAUGGUGGAAAAGGUAGAAAGCACAAAUAUCAGGCAAUUCCUCUGCCAGCAAGUGAAGCUCGCAUCAUUCACCAUAGCUAGCGCCAAUGCCAUUGUGCAUUUGAUCUUCAAGAAACCUGAAGAUAAGACAACUGCUGAGAUGGGUGAAGAAAGCAUAUCUAAGGCCUUACAAAAUGCAUUGGGGUGCCCCGUCAUAGUAAAUAUGAGUCUGGAGCCACUUGACUUGAGAAUGAUCAAAUAUGAUGAAGUCAGAACCAUGAAAAUACAAGCUGGAGAAUGCAGUCAUUUCAGAAAGCAACAGAGAACAAUAUCUCCUCCAGAGACCAAUUACCGCACCAGUUCUGAUUACGCCAAAAACCAGGAUACAGGCAAGGUUUUGCCUCCAGGCCCUCCAGAACCAGAAAAGCAACUGGAAGAUAGCAACAAUAAUGCUCCAGAAGGAGAAGAAAAGGCAACCACACAUGCAUCCCAACAUAAUCUAUCUAUUCAGAGACUUUCAUCACAGGAGAACAACUCUGACACAUUCCCAGAUGUGGAAGCAAACUAUACGUUGUCACCAGCUUAUGCAGCCCGUCUCACAAGAAGGAAAACAAUAAAGCAUCGGUGGCUGUCAGUAUCUUCUAUACAGCACAGUGAUGCAACUGUUGAACCAUACAGUCAAGACAUAUUGUUCGAAAAUGCAAAUAUGGACAAUGAGGGUAGAGCAAAAAGAAACUUGAAGCUCAAGCAGAGCUUAUCAAAGGAUAGAGAAGAUCAUCAUUCCCACAUUGAUACAAGAAGCUGGCGACCUAAUCGCUCUUGGAGGUGCAAGGACAUUUUCUGUCCACAGAGACAAGUAGGAAACAACGGAUCAUGAUGUCAGGAGCAUUUUUAAGCUUCCUCACAAUAUCCUGACAAAAAGAAGAGAGCUGAAGCAUCCGAGAAUGCAAAAUCAAUGCCACCUGUCAGCAUUGUUAGCUGGGUGCAUCUUAAGUGCUAAAUGAAGAAUACUCUAUGUUCUUCCGAGAUUACUUCGGAAGCUAACUACAUAAGUAGGACUUUCCUUCAUAGAAAGUUUGACAAGUUUUUGCUACUGAAGUAUGUUAAAAUUUCUCACCCAACGAAUGCAAGAGAAGCAGGAUUGUCAUAGAUUCUUGAGUGAAAGAUAGUCAUCAACAGUUUGUCCUCCAGAA